UACCCUUCAAUUUUAAAAUGAAAGUCAAACUUGUAAGGUUUAGGUCUCAAGUUCUUUCCAAAUCUGAUACCAACCAACCUAGCUUCCAUUGUCAUCGAUGUCAAGUUUACUAAAUUAAUCUGUACUGGCGUCACAGAUUGUCUUACUUAAAUCCGUGUCGACACUUUUAACCUCGCCGGAACCCUACCAAAUUGUAAACCCUUGCUACUCCGUGCUUGCUUCUCUCUGUGUGUGUGAUUGAUUGCCGAUUGGAGCAGGAAGAUGGCGGUUCCGCAGGUGAAAUUCCCACUAUUCUUAUGCGUGCGGGUUCUAGGUGUAAUUGUGGCUGCUUUGGUUCUGAUAUGGAAUAUCCGCUAUAGAGGAGGACUGGCUCUCAUAUCAGACGACAAAAGUCUCAUCUUCAAUGUUCAUCCUGUUCUGAUGGUGAUUGGCCUUGUUCUGCUGAAUGGGGAAGCCAUGCUGGCAUACAAAACAGUAACAGGAACAAAAGGUUACAAAAAGCUAGUGCAUCUCUCCCUCCAGUUCAUGGCAUUCCUGUUUGGCAUAAUUGGUUUAUGGGCUGCUUGGAAGUUCCACAAUGACAAAGGCAUUGACAACUUUUACAGUCUGCAUUCAUGGUUGGGGUUGGCUUGCUUAUUCCUAUUCACCAUUCAGUGGGGAGCUGGAUUUGUGACAUUCUGGUAUCCGGGUGGUUCAAGAAACAGCAGGGCAUCUUUGAUGCCAUGGCAUGUGUUCUUUGGAGUGUAUAUUUAUGUGCUUGCUGUUGCUGCUUGUGCUACUGGGUUGUUAGAAAAAGCUACAUUUCUUCAAACCAACAACAUAAUUUCACACUAUUCUGCAGAAGCAAUGUUGGUGAAUAUUUUGGGGGUUUUGAUUGUUUUGUUGGGUGGUUUUGUUAUUCUUGGUGUUAUAUCACCACCAAAUGGCAAAGGCGAUGUUCUUAGAGGAUCCGUAGACAAGUGUCUUGGUUGUGUAUAUGUUCAGCGGGAGUCAAAAUCAUCGAAUACAAAGGGUGUUUCAGCUGUGGUGAACGAAAGAAUUCAGGAAGCCCACGAAAAUAAAUCUGCACCCAUGAUGAUGCUUUUUCCAGACGGGACAACUACAAAUGGGGAUUAUAUACUUCCAUUUAAAACUGGUGCAUUUUUGGCAAAAGCUCUUGUUCUUCCUGUUAUUUUGAAAUAUCCUUAUGAAUGA